AUGGCAAUGGAAGAGGAUGAUAGUUUCUCUGAAUCGGAGGAAGAAUUGACAGAAAAGUCCAUGAAGUCUCUAAGAAACCCGUGGUGGGAAUGUUUGAUUGUUAAACUUUUAGGUCGUCGUAUCUCCCUAGCGGUACUGACGAGGAAGCUUGAGGCAUUGUGGAGCAAGAUGGGAAGCAUUGACGUCAUCAAUAUUGGAAACGAUUUCUUUAUCGUUAGGUUCUUUUUACAGGAGGACCUAGAUUUUGCCUUAACAGGAGGACCAUGGAAGAUUUUUUAUCAUUAUCUCUCCAUUCGCUUUUGGCAACCUGAUUUCAAUCCGUUAGAGGUAACCAUUGACAGGAUAGCGGCAUGGGUAAGACUACCUGGCCUGGCUAUUGAGUAUUACGAUGAGGACAUGUUAAAAAGAAUUGAAAACAUAGUGGGGAGAACCAUGAGAGUGGACACUCAUACUGCAGAAAAAUGCAGAGGUAAAUUUGCACGGCUGUGUGUGGAAUUGAACCUGACUGAACCUCUAGUUUCACAAUAUUCAAUUAAUGGAACAAAAUAUCGAGUUGAAUAUAAAGGACUCCAUUGUAUAUGUUUUAACUGUGGAAUGGCAGGACAUGAAAAAUCCAACUGUGCGACGUCACAAAAAGCGGCUGAAACGGACGGAAUAACAGCGGCGACAACUGCUGGUGUAGUAGAGGAAAGACAAGAGGAGGAUCAGAAGAGUCAGAGUCAAGAAAGGGGUAAUGUUGCCAUUACAGAAAAUGAAAAGGGCAAAAAAGUCAUCCAACAUGAUAAUGACACCUACGGACCUUGGAUGCUGGUCCAGCGUCCUACGCGUGGCAAGAAGGUGGGCAAAAUGGGAGCUAGUACAAGCAAUGCAGGAGGUAAUGCGCUAAAUGCAAAAGAUACUGCCAUGACAGUGCCAGGUACGAGGUUCUCGAUCCUUCAAGAAGAGAAUGAUGUCUUGCAAAACAAUCCUGAGACUACCCAAUUAUGUGGAGAAGGAGAAUAUUGUUAUUUUAUCACAAUCUCAACCAUCUUCUAG